ACUCAGAAGGACCGGGGUUGAUUUGCGAUUGAGAACCAAGGAUCCAUAUUCCAUCUCGACAUCGAUGAUCGCUUCAUCUGCUGAACAGAGACCAGCAACUCCCUCUGAGCAUCUGAGCAUCUGAGCAUCUGAGCAUCUGAGCAUCUGAGCAUCUGGUAUAAAGAGAAGAGAUAGUUCGUAUCCUCUUACCUGAUCCGCAUCACAACUACAGCAACAGCACGCAUACAGGACUCGGCUCGAAAUUUCACAAACAUGGCAUCUGAUACCGCCCCCAGACCCCCGCUCCCCCCCUUUACUGCUGAGACGGCGAGGAUCAAAGUCAAGGCUGCCCAAGAUGCUUGGAAUACAAAGGAUCCUCAAAUCGUCAAGGGCGCAUACACCCCUGACUCAAUCUGGAGAAACCGAGACCAGUUCAUCAAAGGUACCGAAGAGAUCGUGGCCUUUUUGACCAAAAAGUGGGAGAGAGAGAAUGGCUACCGGCUGCGGAAGGAGUUGUUCGCCUUCACAGAUAACAAGAUUGCAGUGCAGUUCUGGUACGAGUGGUAUGAUGAAUCAGGCCAGUGGUGGAGAACCUACGGCCUUGAGGAUUGGACGUUCGCAGAAGACGGACGGAUGAGGAAGAGGCAGAUGAGUGGGAACGAUGUGAAGCUCGCUGAUCACGAGAGAUGGUUCAAAGAGGGUGUUGAUGUGAAUGAAGUACCCAUCGAAGAGAAGCAUUGGUAAUCCAUUGUUAUUGGCCUGUAAGGGCUUGAGUGAAACCCCGCUCGAUGUCGCCGCCAGUUCGAGGUCAAUAACACCAUUCUGUAUCUGCAGAUCCUCGCAGGGGCUCGUAGAGUCCUUGCCUGCUAGCAACAAUGAGGUUUCCGAGCAAAGGGAGAGCGGAUCCCACCACCAGGCC